CCUCCGCCCAGCCCCAUUCUGCAGAGAGCCCCCUCUCCCUCCUCCCCCUCUUUUUCCACCAAAAUCUCCGUUUCGUUCGGUGUCUUCUCCCUCUCUCUCUCUUCGCCCCGGCAUUUUUGCUCCCCCCACCCCACACCCCGAUCGUACGGAUUUGCUCUCCAGUGGGUCCCGCAGCACCCGCACAACUCCUCUUCCUCUGUACUCUAGCCUUUUAAACCAGUUUCCUUUUUCCUCCUCAUAUUUUCCUCGUCCCCCUGCCGCUAUCGGCGAUCCCGUCCGGCCGCUACAGUCGUGGCGGAGGGGCGCGUCGGGAUGUCGAUCUGCGCGAGGAUGGACGCGCCACGCGGCGGCGCGCUGGGGAAACGGAAGGAGCGGGAGUACUCGUCUUCGUCGGAGCAGCGGCAGCCGCUGUUCCCGCCGCCGCCCGGCAAACCGGAGCUGCUGCGCAACAAGCCGCACCAACUGUCGCGGUUCGCCAACAAGCCUCCCAUGCCGACGCCGCCUCCCCAGGAAGGGAGCAGCAAGCUGCUCGCCGGGUACCUGGCGCACGAGUUCCUCAAGUUCGGCACGCUCCUCGGGGAGCGCCCCCCCGCGCCGGGCCGGAAGGAGACCGCCACGCCGCGCCCCGCACCCGGACCCGACCCCGCGAGGAGGUACGCCGAGGCGUCGAUGCUGCUCAUGGCGGGCGGGACCCGCAUCCCCGGGGUUGUCAACCCGACGCAGCUCGGCCGCUGGCUCCGGAUUAAGGAGUGAUGGAGGCACGCGCCCGGCGGCGGUUCGCGUCCAGGUGCGUACCGCGUGCACGGCUCCCGAGGCGCCCGACCCGGCGGCGGUGAACCCAUGCUUUUGGACAUAGCAAGUGGUGGUGGUUACUUUGCCCAGAUCCUUUUCCUUUUUCUAUUUUCAGGUUCUAGUUGUUUCGUUUUAAAAAUUUCAUGUAGAUUUGGUGAGAAACUAGCGGUACUAGAAUUUCAUGGGGUAGUAGUAGUACUACUACUAUGUGUGUUCGUCUCUACUAAUCGUGAGUACUUGUUAA